AUGGAGGGCAAGCGCGUCGGGAGCUUCGAGUCCCUCCACGGCGUCGUCGAGGCCGCGAUGCGGGCGGCCCUGCGGCGGAUUUUGGAGCCCAAGCGGGAGGUGAACAUCCUCCGCGACGUCGCGGCCGCGCGGGGACCCUACAGCAUCGUCUUCUGCGGGGUCAACGGGGUGGGGAAGUCGACCUCGCUCGCGAAGAUCGCCUUCUGGCUUCAGCAAAACGGCCACAACAUCCUGAUCGCCGCCGGGGAUACCUUUCGCCAUGGCGCGAUCGAGCAGUUGGAGGUGCAUGGGCGGUGUUUGGGCGUCCCGAUCUUCCAGAUGGGGUAUGGGGCGGACCCCUCCGCGGUCGCCGCCGCCGCCAUCGCGCAGGCCGCGCGGGAGCAGGUCGACGUCGUGAUGAUCGACACCGCCGGGCGGAUGCAGGACCACGAGUCCCGCAUGCGCGCCCUCGCAAAGCUGAUUCACGAUAAUCAGCCCAAUUUGGUGCUUUUUGUCGGCGAGGCCCUGGUGGGGAAUAACGGCAUUGAUCAGCUGCGGAAGUUUAACCAAUGCAUCGUCGAUUACGCGCCGGUGGGAAAGCCCAGCCGGCCGAUUGACGGGAUCAUCCUGACGAAGUUUGAUACAGUGGAUGAGAAAACGGGCGCCGCACUUUCAAUGGUGUACGAACUCGGCCAGCCGAUUGUUUUUGUGGGGGUCGGGCAAACCUAUCAGGAUUUAAAAGUCCUUGAAACCGAUGUGGUGGUGAACGCGCUAAUGUCGUAA